AUGGCGGACAAUGCGGAUCGUUCUCAAGUGCCAUCGUGGGAUGGGUCCGCCAGGACAUGGCGGCGUUACACAAGGGAAGUGGCUUGGUGGGUCACAUCGACCCCAAGCCACAAACGACGAUACUGUGCGAGCAAACUGCUCAGCCGACUGAGUGGUCCUGCGAGGCUGUUGGCUAUGUCGUGGUCCAGAUUGUCCUUUGACUCCGAGAACGGGACUAAGGUUUUGCUGCAGAGGCUGGCGGCUUCGCCGCUAGUACGGCGCACUUUACCGAAUGCUGCUGCGAUUUGUCAACAGUAUUUUUCGUUUCGUCGUAAUCCCUCAGAAAGCAUAGGCAACUUUCUUGUCCGAGAGACACUGGUGCAUGAAGAGUUCGUCGAGGCUAUCAUCAGGCUUCAUGAAGAGAAAGUGGGCAUCUCCCAGGAGGCCAGAGACUUCGGCCUUCCAGCUGAAAGCGAUGGUGAUUGGCGCGAAUGGAACGACGCCUCAUGGACUACUGAUUCUCCAGAACAUCGGCCUCCUGGAGAAGGUGCGGAAGGACAGGAUGGAACCGAACCUCCUGUGGCUGCACCUGGUUCCUCGCCUAGCCAUCGUGGUGACGGCGAUGCUCCACUUCCUCGUGAACCUGCUGAAGCUGCUCCUCAAGCCGAUCAAGCGGAAGUUCCACGUGAAGCUGUUGACGAGAUGUCUGUGGCCGACUCCUUUAUCUUGGGAGUCUUACGAGGCUGGCGACUUCUACAAGCAGCUGGACUGUCCGCCGAAGAAAAACGUGAUAUACUGAGCAGCACCAAGAAUUCUCUUGACUAUGAGGUGGUUGCGGCUGCACUUCAAAGUCUUUGGGAUGAUCAGCUUCUUGGACACCGCAACCACUCUGGACAUGGAACCUACAGCCUCAACUAUGCCGCCCCGACGGACGACUCCUACGACGCGUACCCGAUCACCAGUGGUGGCCAGAGAGCAUGUAUGGCGCUUGGCUUCAAGGGCAAGGGCAAGCCAAAGGGUGGCUACCAGGCCACCAUGGAUGACCCGAGCCUCUACUACCAGUUCAAAGGCAAGGGCAAGGGCAAGAGCAAGAAGGGAUAUUGGUCGGAGGCCCAAGCCGCUUGGACCAAGGGGAAGCAAAAGGGCAAAGGCAAGGGAAAGGACCCACUUCGGACCGUUAAUGCCUACAGCAACGAGUACUUCAUUGGUGGCCUUGAGCUUCGAGAUCGCUUUGACUUGAACUCUACAAGUAUGGCUUCUUCUUCUCCGAGCACUGCGAUGUUGGACUCCGGCGCAACCGCGUCGGCGGCACCUGAGGCCGUAGUGCAGUCUCUCGUGACAGCUGUGCUGGCGCAGGACCGCCAAGCUCGCAUCGAAUUGGACCAAGCAUCGCGGCCAUACUUUCGGUUUGGCAACGGGAAGUGGGGACGUGCCCUUUGUCGUGUCAUCAUUCAAAGCAGAGCCUCAGGACAUCUUCGAUCUUUUGCAUUGUACACUUUACCAAACCCUGCAGAGUACUACCAAGCACAGUUUGACAAGAGCACCUUAGUUCCUAUCCUCAUCGGAAUGGACUUCAUCGGCCCCGAAGGUGUUGGAAUGCUGAUAGAUUUUGCAACUGGUUUGGCAAUGUUCACCAAGGAGUCCUCCCCCGAGAUCUUUCAGUUGGAUGUGAACUCUAAGGGCCACUACACCUUGGAUCUUGUUCAAUACCUAGCUAGAGGGCACAAGGUUGUG